AUGGCUCCCAGUGAAACCCUUCAGACUGUGGGGAUAAUCCAUUUGCUGAAGCAUUUUGGAUGGAUGUGGGUUGGUCUUAUAAUUCUGGAUGAUGACAGUGGAGACAAUUUCCUCCGAGCCUUGGACCCACUUCUGUCUGAGAACAGGAUCUGCUCUGCUUUUCUGGAGAGAUUUCCCAAACAAGCAUUUUUUUCUAUGUUUCAUAGUGAUGUUGUGCAAUGGGUAUGUCGUUAUUUGAAUGACCUCAAAGUCAACGUAUUCAUCUUCUAUGGGGAAAGCAUCACAGCGAUGCUUCUGUUUCUGUUCGUGAGAUAUAUCGAGAACAGCUGUGGAAAAAUGUGGGUUCUGACUGCUCAAAUGGAUUUGACAUUAACAAGUCUUCAUCGACCCUCAGAUUUGCAAAUGUUUGAUGGAGCAAUAUCCUUUGGUAUUAAAUCCAAUGAACUGCCGGAUUUCUAUGAAUUCCUUUGGUCCAUCACACCAUUGUGGAUUCAACGAGAUAGUUUGUUGAAAGAAUUCUGGGAGCAAAGCUUUGAUUGCUCUUUUUCUGACAUCAAAAAGCCAGUUGAAAGUGAUGAAGCUUGUACUAGGAGAGAAGAACUAAAAAACCUUCCUGGGCAUUUAUUUGAAAUGACUGGCCACAGCUACAGUAUCUACAAUGCAAUCUAUGCUGUAGCACAUGCUGUUCAUGGCAUGAACUUACUUAGGUCUAAAUACAAAAGAGUAACAGAAAGUAGAAGGGAUGAACUUCACAAUCAAGGCACCUGGAAGCUUCAUUGGUUUCUUCAAGGCCUUUCAUUUAAUAAUUCCCUUGGAGAAACUGUGUCCAUCAACCAUCAUGGAGAAGUGCUUUCUGGAUUUGAUAUUACAAAUGUCAUCAUGUUUCCAAACAACUCUUACCGUAAAGUGAAAAUUGGAAAGAUGGAUCCCAAAACACUUGAAGGAAAUGAAUUUGUGAUUCAUGAAAAUUUAAUUGUCUGGCCCAAAUAUUUUCAGAGGGUCUUGCCCCGUUCACUGUGUAAUGAUCCCUGUCCUGCUGGCUAUCAGAAGAAAAAGAAAGAAGGCGAGAAAUUUUGCUGCUAUGAUUGUGAUCCAUGUUCUGAUGGGAAGAUGUCAAACAUGUCAGACAUGAUUGCCUGUUUUGAAUGUCCAGAAGACCAAUAUCCAAGUAGGGACAAAGUUCGAUGCAUCCUCAAAACCAUAACAUUUCUAACUUUUGAAGAACCUUUGGGGAUCAGUUUAGUUGUGGUUGCUGUUUUAUUUUCAGUCAUUACUAUAUUCAUACUUGGAAUAUUCAUUAAACAUAAAGACACCCCUAUUGUUAAAGCUAACAACAAGGACCUCACCUACACUCUUCUAAUCUCCCUUUUGCUUUGCUUCCUCUGUUCUUUUCUCUUCCUUGGAAAACCUCUCCAACUGGUUUGCUUCUUCCGACAAUCCGUGUUUGGCAUUAUCUUCUCUGUGGCCAUUUCUUCUGUGAUGGCUAAAACUAUCAUGGUCAUUGUAGCAUUCAUGGCCACCAAACCAGGGUCUGGCAUGAGAAAGUGGUUGGGGAAAAGACUGUCCAUCUUAAUUGUUUUUUCUGGCUCCUUCAUUCAAGCAGGCAUUUGUCUGGUGUGGAUGAUCACCUCUCCCCCCUUUCCAGAGCUUAAUAUGCAAUCAGCGGCUGAAGAGAUCAUAGCAGAAUGUAACGAAGGGUCUGUUGUGAUGUUUUAUCUUGUCUUGGGCUAUAUGGGGUUUCUGUCUCUGAUCAGCUUCAUGGUGGCUUUCCUAGCUAGGAACCUGCCAGAUACAUUCAAUGAAGCCAAGUUCAUCACUUUUAGCAUGCUGAUGUUUUGUAGUGUUUGGUUGUCUUUUGUUCCAACGUAUUUGAGUAUCAAAGGAAAGUAUAUGGUAGCUGUGGAAGUCUUCUCUAUUUUAGCUUCUAGUGCUGGGUUAUUGGGAUGCAUCUUUUUCCCCAAAUGCUACAUUAUUCUGUUGAGGCCUGAGCUGAACAGUAAAGUUCAACUUGUAAAGAGAAAACACUUUUGA